AUGUCCCUCCUUCCCAGGAAAGAUUGGGACCGAGACGGCACGCCCCCUCUUCCUCCCGUCCUUCCUUUCUUCCUUGCCUUUCAGCAAGCCAUCAUGAUGUGGCAAUCCUCCUUCAGGGCAACAGCCACCGUGCUUGCCCUUCUCACUUCUCAGGUGCUUGGGCAAGAAGACAUUGUUGAAACCCAAACAGCCCAGAUCGUUUCGACCAAGGGAGUCAUCCUCGACACCAUCCUGGAUUGGAUUGAUGCCGCAAGACUCGACACAACCACCUACAACGGCCAGAAGUAUGGAUGCAAAUGCUAUCCUGGCCGUCCAUGCUGGCCCUCUGCCUACAAGUGGAACAACCUGAACAGGACGGUUGACGGCACUCUUCGUGUCAACGUCCCUGCCGGUGCUGUCUGCCACAACACCUUUGACGGUCCCUUUGGUACCAUCCAGACCUACGAUGAGGCCAAGUGCGCUGAAGCCAAGGAGAACUUUCUCUCCUACAACGAGCAGUGGACUGUCGAAAAGCCCGCUGACGGUCUUUGGACCUACUUCACCAACGACACUUGCCGUCCCACCUCCAACCCCUCCGACCCCUGCACCCUCGGCAGCUAUGGUGUCUACGUGAUCAUGGCCACCAAGGCCUCCCACAUUCAAGCCGGUGUCAACUUUGCCCGUCAGAACAACCUCCGCCUGAUCGUCCGCAAUACAGGCCACGACUUCCUCGGCCGCUCCGUCGGCUACGGCUCUUUGAUCAUCAACACCCACAGCUUCAAGUCCCUCAAAUGGACCGACAGGUACAUCGGUCCCGGCUCCUACCGCGGUCCUGCUGUGACCAUGGGCGCCGGCGUUCAAGCUGGCGAGAUCCUCAAGGCCGGUCACGCUCUGAAGCCUCCCAUGGCCCUCGUGACCGGUGAAUGCGCCACCGUUGGUCUUUCCGGCGGUUUCAUCCAAGGCGGCGGCCACGGUCCCUGGUCCACUCUCAAGGGUCUCGCCGUCGACAACGUCCUCAACUUUGAGGUGAUCACCUCCUCAGGCCUGAUCGUCAACGCCAACGAGUGGCAGAACCCUGACCUCUUCUUCGCUCUUCGCGGAGGCGGCCCGGCUUCUUAUGCUGUCAUUCUCUCCACCACCGUCAAGACCUUCCCCGACUUGCCCGCAACGGGAGCCACCCUUUACUUGAACACCACCCACACCUAUGACAACGAGGUCAUUUGGACAGGAACCAAGAUCUUCCACAAGUACUCUAACCACUUUGUCGAUAACGGGUUGUACGUCUACUUCGAGAUCUUCCCCUACCAGUUCCGCGUGCGCCCCUUUGUGGCCAUCGGCAAGACCCAAGCCGAGCUCCAGGCAAUCGUUAAGCCCAUGCUUGAUGAGUUCGCUGCUGCCGGCAUCCCGCACGAGUUCAAUAUCAACCAGUACCCCACCUUCUAUGAUCUCUACAUCGACUUGUUCGAGGCCGAGCAAGCUGGUCAGACGGCAUUGACGGGCGGGUGGAUGUUCAACCACGAUGAUGUUGCCAACCGCAAUGACGAUAUCAUCGCCGCCAUGAGGAACGUGGUCAGCCCUGCUGGAAGACCGGAUUUGUUUGGUGGCAUGAUUGGUCAUCUGUUCAACCCCGGCCAUAACGUUCCUGUCUCAACGUCAGCUGCUCACCCGGCGUGGAGGAACGCGACAGACUUUGUGAUUGUUGUCUUGCCCUCGCCGGAGAACCCCAGCUUGGCGGUCAGGGACGAUUUGCAGAAUGUUUUGACGAACAACAUGGAUGAGGGCUUUAGGAAUGUGUCGAUGAGUGGCGCUACUUAUGUUAAUGAGGCCGACCCCUUCCAGCCUAACUGGCAGAGCCACUUCUGGGGCUCCAACUACCCCAGGCUCAAGCAGCUUCGCAAGAAGUGGGAUCCCUUGGGUGUCUUCUAUGCCGUGUCUACCCCCGGCACCGAGGAUUGGGAGGAGAUUGAGUUCAACACCAGACUUUGCAAGAAGCUUUAA